AAGGCGGCCAAGCUGGAAAAAGAUGACAAUGGCAUGGUGACGAUCCAGGCUAUUCUGCACAGAAAAGAUAACCGCAAUGUAAGGCAAUAUAAAAACAUAAAUAAAUAAGCACAUAAAAUAGGAAAAUAAGUCAAUACAGUCGAACUUCUUUCACGACCAAACCUCCCUAGCGACCUUCUACCAUAAGCGCCUAGAUAUCCAAAACACCAAAAUACGAUCAAAAUUUUCCCAGGCGAAGCCCCAUAAUAAACACCUCUCGAAAACAAUUGCGACCACGUUUUGGCGUGAUAGUUUCAUAGUUUUCAUUGUUUUUAACAUCUUUUCAGAGCGGCCACUUGACACUUGGUGUGGUUCUUAAUUGUUGGUAGUAUAUCACGCCACUCAAUGUACACGAAAAAUUUUCAGUGACAACAUGGAAUUACACGUAUGGAUAACUUCAAAAUUACAUGCAAUAAUAAAUUCUCUGCCAAAGAGUAGAUGUGUCGGGACCAUUUCUCGAAAGAGACCACCUGUGUGUAGUUCGCAUCCACUUUGGUGGUCGUUAAUGGGAGGUUCGACUGUAAGGAUAAAAUGAGGUAGCACAUCCGGCUAGGGGUUCUUCGUCUGCUACUUCGGAUCGAACAGGAUUGAAAAUAGUUUCAAGAGCUGUGCAGUCGUAGUCAGAGGUUUAAAAAGAAAUCUAAAAAAGACCCAAAAGGCGUCAAGAUUCCAUAGCGUUCAAGGAAAGCGUUUUCGAAUGGGAUAACUCGUGGGAGGCACAAAUUGUAUUUUAAAAGUACAAGAUUUCUGUAAGCUCCAGACGUACGUACUUACAUGGAUUCACCUUUAGGGUUUUCGACAAAACUGAUCAUGAGAAAUCAGUUGUAAAAAGCAAGUCGAAAAUUUUCUUCUGUAGAUGGUGGAGUACCAAGUGGACCUAGAUUCUGUCUAUGAGAUUGAGGGUUCCAAACGACCAGUAUACAAAUUGGCCAAGGUUCACACGCAGGAGAGAAACAAAUUUGAGUUGCUGGUUCAGGUUACUUUCGACAAUGGCGAAGUCAGUGAGUUGUUCAAGUCUAAGCCUUUCUUGAUCAAGACAAAACGAAUCAACGAUGAACCAGCAGGUACGAUAAUUGAUUUUACAAGUUAUGACAAAAAUUGUAUUAAUUGGUGCAUAUUCUUAGUCGGAAAGAAGUAUAAGGCAUACCCCUUUCUGGUGGAGUAAGAGUACAAUAGCCGGAGCCACCUCAAUAACUUUUAUCGGAAGACUUUGGAGAAUGCUCAAGGUAAGACAAAAUAUAGCUGUCAGUUCCUGUUCAACGAAAAGUAAGUCAAGUGGCAGGGUCGUCUGCCGCUCUUUAUAAUGGAGACUUAAUUGUUAAAGUAUCGACCAGAAUAAAAUACAAUUACGAGCCUACCGGCCUAGGUAAUCAUAUUACUGACAGUGUAUAUCUACAAAAGCAGACAAAAAAAAACUACCAAGGCUAACUGACUGAAUAAAUGCACAAUAAGGUAAUAAAAAUAGAUCAUAGUAAUUUCUUAAAGCGAAAAUGGAUAUUCAUGCAGUCAAAAUCUAAAAUACAACAAUGUUCUUUUUCAGUAAUCUACCAUCAAUUAAUGUUCGCGAAUUAGUUUAUGAAGCUAAACAACGACUGUCAAUUAAUCUAAAGUGGCUUCCGAACCUUUUUACAAUGUCACGGCUUGAGUGUAGAGGAAGCUAGCAGGGUAGUUUGUAACACACUUUGUGUCGUCGAGAUAUGAGUUACCUUAUUUUAAGAUCAAAUAAGAUUGCUACUUCAAUGCAAAACAAUGGCUAUUACUCAAUACAUGUAAAACGGUCCAUAGUAAACCACUAAAUAUUCUCCUAAUAGACCAUUUCCGUUUUCCAAAAACUCUUACUUUCAAAUGAGGCUAAGUGUAAAACCUUCGUUUUGAAAACGAGUUUUAUUUGCAGCAGGAUAAAAGAUCAUUUUGAUAUCAAUGGCUUCGCACUUAGCCUCGCCUUAAAACAGAGGCUAGAGGCAACUAGAAAUGGCCUAUUGAUUUUGCCGCUCAUUCAAAUACCAUUUUGGCAUUGAUAGGUCGGCUUCUAAAACGAUGCUUAGUGUCUUGAUACUAUGUUUUAUAGAAUCUGCCUUAUACUCUAAAGAGAAACGCAAAAGACCAAGCACAUGUCCAAGUAGCACAGCAAGAUGGGUAUCCCAAGGAAAGCACCAGCCAACAAUGGUCACUCAGAAAACCUUGCAAACCGAGGCCGACUCAACAGGUUAGAUCUACGGUCUUCUAAUCUGCACCAGCUUCUAUUUCAAAACGGUUAUCAAUUAAUUGCCGAACGCAACUUCGGCACUAUUUUUGCUGUGCUUAAUAAUGUGAUUGGCUAAAACGGGUCAUGCCACGCCAAGUUUUCAGCAAUUCCAUGCUUGCUCGCGUUUGCGGCAACGCUUCACUUCCGGGCUUCAAAGAAUUUGUUUUUGAUUGGUUUUUUUUAGAUUGACUGUCUAACUGUAAACAACGAAAGAGUAGUCAAUCUCAAGCUUUGAAUUAGUUUUUCUCUUACGAGGCCCAAUUAAAAAUCACGCUACUCUGCUGACGACCAGAAGAAGCUCUUCCUUUCCCUCAGACAAAAAUUCAUCGUUAGUGAAAGUUCCACAUCAGCACCCAUGUACCUAAAUACUUGUUACAAAGAAAAUAUCAAUUUAGUAGCUUAAAAACUGUCUGUAUAUAUGUUUAUACUAUUUACUUUCAAUUAGAUUCAAUGUCCCCACAGUCAAAUUCUUCAGUUGGUUCCGGAACAACGGCCAGAAGCUCUGAAGGUAAUUGAACUAAAACCCAUCAUAUCCCCUUCCUCGAGUAAACUAAUAUAUUCCUUUAAUGCUCAAGUUGGUUGCACUCAUUGACUGCUGCUCCCUUAGAUCCUAAAAAGACGCUUGUAUUAACGGUCACCCAUAAGCGGGAGAUCACUUGAUUCUUAGGAGAACAAAAGGGGGAUCAGUCGUAACUGAGACCCUAAAAGGGAGGAUCACUGAACACUUUGGAAGGAUUCAGAGGGGGGACCACUCAAAUCUGCUUGGAAAAUAAAGACAUGGGGGGGGGAGGGGGGAUCGCGAAAGUCAUCAAAUGUUAUUAGGGGGGAUCACUUCAGUGAAGUAACAUUCAGAGGGGGGAUCGGCUAAAUUUUACCUCGUUUAGCCCCAAAUUCUCCGCAAGCCGAUAAAUUCCUUUUUUUCUUUACACCACCGGCUUAUUUGCAACUUUUUUUUUUCAUUUUCCAUCAAGAUGCGUCACAAGUCGACAACCUAGUUGUAAAGCACCUAAAAGCCCAGCAAGCAAAUAUCGAGAGGCUUAGUUUUGGUUGCAUGAUGCAGACAUCCAGAGGUGAUAUCGCCUAUCAUUUGAGGCUUACCAACUCAGAUGUUUACCAAACUCUCGAGGAGGGAGUUGUGGUCGGUUUCUUUCCGGACGACGACGGACCAGCUACGAUUGAGCCGCUGAGCAGUGAAAAUGCAUCGCAGGCAGUAAUGGCUGGAGUGAUCAGUAGGUCAGCGUACGUUGAGGCGCAUGCUCCGUUAGAUACAGACAAAGGUGGGUGACAAUUUCCCCCAAAGCUGUAAUCCUUAUUGUCAGGACCAACAAAAAGCAAUCCUGCAAUCUUGACGUUCAAUUGACGCAGACGUAGGGAGUUUCAGAGAAUAGCAGACCAACAAACACACAUAGGUACAAAACACUGUGGCUAUGCCUUAGGAUAAACGCGGCUGCCACUUUUUUCCACAACAUGUACAAGCAUACUGAGUGAUUUCAUAUCUAGUCAGUACUUUCGUCCCUGUUAUAUCCACUUUAUGAUACUGCGGAAAUAUUUCCAGCGGCGGAGAUGCUCAUAUUUCCCUUUUUAUUUGAUCUAUCUGACUUAAAGCAUUUUUUUUAACAAAAAAAAAAUGUAAUACUGUGACGCUUUUUAUUUUUUGUUUUCGAUUGUAAUGGGUGCUUAUUGCUAUGUAUGGGGUUAUAUUUCGUUGUCCAAACACAUCAUAAAAAUAAUGCACGAAUAAGCGUGCACAGUUUGACUACCUUUGCAGCUUUGUUUCUAAUUGUUUAUGUAGAGUGCUUGUAAACUAGCUGGAUACGCUAAGUCCACUUUCCACUAUAAACAGACCUUUAACCUUUAACCUUAAAAAAACACCAUCAAGCUGAAACAGUGAGUUUCAAUUUAUUUACAGGGCAGACGGACAUCGUUUGUGUGAUCGGAAUGGUCAAAGUAAAGAUAGUAGGAUCGGUUCGAACAGGCGAGCGCAUUUACGCGUCAACAGGCCAGCCAGGAACAGGCAUCCCAGAGUCCCAUCUGCCCUUGGGAGCGUUCAUUAUCGGAAACCACACACUGCUUGGCAUGGCUAUGGAAACCUGUAAGCCUCGUUACCACGAUGAGGUGAAUUUGGUUAGAUGUUUCGUGUGCAUCGUACUAGGGAUCAACAGUCACCAGCUGUCUAGUGAAGUGGAGAACAUCUUGGAAAAUAUCGACAUGGAUAUCAAGGUUGCCAUUGGCAAAUCUAAUAAGACUACUUGUCGACGUAAGUCCUGCCUUCCCUGGUUCUUAAAAGGGUAAAUGCUAAGAAAAGAUCUCUUAACAGACACCUCUAUAACACGUCUUUCUUAGAGAGAGUUGCCUGUCGACUGGAUAAGCCUUACAUACGGCACUCCACUCAAUAUAGUGUUUUCACAUGACGUCACGGCGGCCAUAUUGGCGUCCCAAAACAAUGAAACGGCGGCCAUGUUGGUGUCCCAUACCACUCCAGUGGGAGUUGAACUCUUUUCAUAUGCAAACACAGUUACGAUUAUAAUCAAACCUCAACAUGUUAUAAUCAAAACUGGAAGGACUCAAACCACUUACAGUCGACUGCCGAUAAAUCGAACCUUCAAGGGAAAUCGAAAAAAUUUCGAGUUAUCGGGAGUUCGGGUUGUCGGGAGCUCGAAGAAAAUAGCUGGAGGUAUGGUGGAAAACAGUUUUUGCUGUACUGUGAACAUUUUAAUCCCAUUUUAUCGUAGAAAUGUUGAGUGAAAAUUGAAACCUUAAGAUACUUUACGAUUAUAAAUCAGAACGUACCGUAACAAAAUUUAGCCUAAAUAGAGCAUGCGUUUUACUUUUUUCAGAAGUAAAGUUGUUUCAAGUUAGAUUUGUGACAGACAACAUCAGCCUCCACUAGUGAACUAUAUGUCUACAACACCUCAGUGGCCGGAGACCUCAAAAUCCAAUGUUUCGGACGCCAGUACACUGCCUUUUCCUCUACGUUUUAAGCGCUCAAAACGUGGUUCGAGUUAUCAAGGGUAAAAUUAUAUAUAAAUGGUCUGGGGGAAAACAAAAAUUACUUCGAGUUAGCGGGAGGUUCGAGUUAUCGAAGGUUCGAGUUACAGAGCUUAAAAUUCCAGUAAACGUAUGAAAGAGAUCCAGGGGAAAUCGAUUUUAGUUCGAGUUAAGCGAGUUUCGACUUAGGGAGAGUUUGAGUUAUCAAGAGUCACUGACUGUAAUUACAAACAUACAGUUGGGGCCGACGGAUGGAGAAACAAGUCCAGCUACAGGAGGGAAGUAGAGAAGUUUCCUCCGGACUUGUAGUUCGGUCACACUCACCAAACGCACUGAGGAACGGAGUUCAAGAAGUAUUUCAGUGCUCACAGCCGUGUUCUUCGUGUCGUCACGCAACGCUCUUCGAGCCUUGCGUGACGACACAACAAACGGCUGUGGAGCAGACGAAGUGCUCACGGGCUACAAAGUGAUAAAACACAUGAGAGUGUCAAUUGAGUUCCUUUCUAAUCGAUCAACAUGGGAAGAAAAUAAACGUGGGUGACCUAUCACACUUCAGCAUCGGAAAUAAAGAAAGUUCCCGGGGGACCUAAUUCUGGAUCCGAACUUAGAUUUGUCUACGAACCUAAUCUUACUGUGAAAAAACUUUCAUGAAUGAGAUUUUCUUGAGGAGAUUGAUGCGUUCGAUGUUAGGAGAACGAACGCUAAUCUCAUUUGUCUACCUUUCAAGGGCACACUUAAAUUACAUCACAAAGGCUUGCUUUCAUUCCCUUCAGGUUCGCUUUGACAAACGAAUAGCGUACACAAAAUACAAUGUAAGUUUCUGAAGGUUAACCUUGUAAAUUCCUAUGAUUAUUAUCCUUUUAACAAAGUCUCCGCAGCGGAGUCCCAUACCUAAAAGAAACAGUGAAAAGCUACCGAUGCCAGGAAAUUUGGUUAUGACGUCAGCGUACACCGUCCGUAUAGACCCCGGGGGUAGGGGUGAAAAAGCUUAGUAGGGUAGGGAAGGGAGUCCCAGACAUAUACGUUGCAUGCACGCGUUUCGUUUUGGCGUAGUGAUGCAGACUUAUGGGUAAUAAUUCUUCUCGUUUAGCCUUGGUAAAUCUAUAUAUUAACUACCUUUUAAUGAUAAAAAAGUUGUAAAUUAUUUUCUUGUUGUUUCAGGAAUGUUCCUUAUUAUUCUUGGAUUCAUCACUUUCCUUAUAUUACUUGGAUUUUUCAUGUACGAACUUCUUACACCAGGAUCCCUCUUCCGAUACUACCUAUGUCGAAUAGGGUCCUCUUCAGGACCCCAACUUAGCUGCAUGUACAACACCAGUGAAGAGGUACGACAGCGCAACUAAUCGCACUUCCACAUGCAUGGGCCAUGCCUACAGUCAAAUGUAAACUGCGAGCAAGCUCUGCAGGGCGCUCUGGCGAAGGGGCGGGAAAAGGAAGGAGAGCCCGCAGCUACGUCUUUGGAAUUUGAAUAUCUGUAUCGAAAAAGUCGAUGGGAAAUGCUGAUUGCCGGAGAUGACAUUAGUAAUGACGUCAUUACCCUUGGCACGUAUUUUUCAAUGUUUGUUUCAAUUUGCGUUGCUUUCCCCUUCGCGCUGAUUGGCUGGAAUCUGACAGCUCAGUCGACGGAGAGCCACAAGGGAAUUGGAAGUGGAAUUCAAAUUUCAGAGACGCAGUUGCAAGCUCUCCUUCCUUCUCCUGCCGCGCCGCCAGAGUGCCCCGGAGAGCUUGCUCGCAGGCUUGAAGCUAUUCCACGAACCGAUAUUCCUUUCUUGAGCCAAUUCUGUGCUGAAUGUAUUAUACUUAACGCCUUUUCCCGUGCCUACACAAAAUGCUCCUGUAAAGUUUUGAAGAAGACAUCAAACAAAUUUCACCGGCAAGCACCUACCAUAAUAAUUUUUUCGGUGAUUUUCGCAGGCAGAGCAUUAAAACUUGAAAAAGUAAGCACUUUCACAAUCCAUGUCGAUCGUUACCAUCCGUUGCAACAGACGAAAAAACAGUUUCAAUGCCUAAAUAAACCAUUAUUUUUGGAAUUCAAUUAAUGUGAAAAAAGUUUUAGCCUUUCAAAAAGGUAGCAAAUGGUGGGACACAGACCCUUUAACCUUACGUGGAGGCGGCAUGGCCGAGCGGUUAGAGCGAUGAAAUUCUAGCUGGAGGCCAAGACUUCAAUCCUUCCCCCCACGUGACCCUCCCCCGGCCGUCUUAGCUUCUAGCAGGAUGUCUUCUUAGUCCUGAAUUCAACUCCUUGCAGUCGCGCUUGUAAAUACCCAACUACCGGUUUGACUCUGGCUAGUUGGUAUUCCUAACCUUGUGAGCCACCACAGUAAAAACUAUUGCUUUACCGUUAUUAAGUCACAUGAGACUCAAAGGCCAACAUCUUGAGUCAAGUGGUCAAACGAUUAGAUAAUCGGUCUAUUCAACUUGACACUACAAAAGAUUUUUGGGAAAUAUAGUCGCAGGAAAUACUACUGAUAUGGAAUACCUCUGCCUAUACAUAGCUAACGUAUUUAAUUUUUUUUCUGAUUAUUUUGGUUGCAUUGUCUUGUAGGACGUGCAUGUUCAUUAUAUACCCUUCCCGUUCCUGAGACUUGAAGAAAAGAUCCCAUCUGGGGAGAAAAAGCCCAUUGCAUUGGGCAACGAAACAAGUAAGUUUCUUUUAAACCACCGAUUUACGACUGACAUGUGACAUCAAACGCAUUCAUGACGUUCUGGGCCGUUCAAGACUGCGUUUCUUUACAUGCGAGAAUCGACCCCUUUACUUCCAGGCCGAAUGAUGGAGUCUUGUAAGCUGGUUUAUAACGUUUGAGUCUGUGGACUACUCACACAUAAGAACGGUUAUUUGGGCGCGAUUUCUGUAAAGGAUCAAAACUGUACUGUACCGCGCCUAUGUCGACAGUGGAGUUUCACAGAUGGGAUAAGUCCUGUGUCAGACUUUUUUGCAGUGUGAACCGGUAUUCUGAUCGUACAGGAAGUGAAUAAGUGAAAGCGCGCUCUGGAAACCACUGAGAUAGAAGUAAAUAUGAAGGAGUGAGGACUGUAAUUUAGUUCACCAAACCCAGUCGGCCAACCGCACGAUGUUCGAUGAGUGUGAACGACUUGCUCCAGUCCUGGGCUCUUCCUGUUCAUAUAUGAUAUACUAUGGCAGGUAUCUUAUCGCGCCGACGAGAAAUGCUAUCCGGUAUCGUGUGAACGGGCAAUUAAGGUUUCUGGGAAACUGCCCACCUACCCCUCCCCUGAGCUAACAUCAACACUUUGGGCAAAAUGAUGGGUUAGGGGAGGGGUAGGUGGGCAGUUUCCCACCAUCCUUGUGAGCAUAGUCGGGAGAGAAGGGAGGGAGGGAGUCAUUUGCAUAAAACGGAAAGCAGACAUAGCUGCUUGCGUUAAAACAAGGAGGUGAUUGUGUUGUAAGUAGUCAGAUGUCACAUGUGCGUCUGAGUGCAUGAUUUAUGGAAAUUGCCUCGGUACAAAGGCUUUGCACGGUGAAAGAAACUUUCCCUCAAACUUCAUAGCGAUUAUUUGAUUCCAGUUCGUUAUCUUUGUGAAAUGUAGCUAAAGGCGAAUUCUGCAGGAGUUGAAUUCCUAAGAACAUUAUCCAAAAUCAGAGGGAGAGGAAAAUGAAUCGUACUUGUUUGUUUGUCUACGGCGCCCUCUACAAAAAGUAAAAAUCAGGCAAUUUCACGUCGAAGUCGAGCAGUAACAUUAAAAAAAAAAUAACCAAAAAAACAAGAACGAGUGCAUUGCACGUGCAGAAUUGCUGUUCUGCAUGCGUUUGAAAAGCCUAGUUUUAAUGCAAGCAUGUUGUUUUCUUGACAGACUCAGUGUUCUACUUUCUCAACCUUGACCGCUGUGCGUAUGGGGGGCGCACAGACGCUAGCAAGUAUUUCCCAGAAAAGACCAAGCCUGUUCGAGGCCCCACGUUUGUGGCGUCGUUCAAGAAUAACUGUUCGAAGAUUUACUCUUAUGAUGGAUGGGCGAAAAAGUGGAAAUUGAAGGAAUGCAACACAACAGACUUGACUAUGACCUGCAAAUGUAAUGCCGCAGGAGUUUUUGGUUGUCAGUCUCUUGGACUUCUAAUAAGCUUUGCUGCUUUUUGUUUGUUAGCCUGUGAACAGAGUCCCAACUGAAAGACGAGAAGUAUUGCUAUUCUCGCCGCGCCGCAACCGGAGGGUCUUUUUCAGUUU